AUGGCGAUAAAAGGAGCUAUGCAAAACAGGGUGAUCUUGGCUCUGGGAGAGAUCUCGCCCUCGGCGGAGGAGGCGCUGGGCGCCGCGGGGCUGCUCCGCGAGUCCCUGCUGCCCGGUGCCUUAGCACAGUACGAUAGCUGUUUAGAGUUGGUAAACAAGAGACUGCCUUACGGCCUCGCUCAAGUGGGAGUGUGUUUUCACUCAGUUCCAGAAAGGGAGCAAUGCAAUGUGAGUCUCAGCAGAAUAGGCGAAAGGACCACGGCUUCCCUUGUAUGGUUUAGCUCUCCCAGAACUGCAGGACAAUGGCUUGAUUACUGGUUACGGCAGAGACUCCAAUGGUGGAGAAAGUUUGCAAUAGGCCCAUCUAAUUUCAGCAGCAGUGAUUUUCAGGAUGAAGAAGGAAGAAGAGGAUUUAAUUUAUGCUAUGGCUUUCCGUGGGGGAAAGAAACAAUAGAAACAUUGAUAAAUCUCGGUGAUACUGAACUGUUACAAAUGUAUCCAGAGGAUAGAUCAAAGUUACUUGGCCGAGAUGGGAGGAAGAAUGUUAUUCCUCAUGUUCUGUCUGUGAGUGGAAAUCUGGACCGAGGAACGUUAGCGUAUCUCUUUGAUUCUCUACAGCUAGUUGAGAAUCCAUUAAUGAAAAAGAAAAAUUCCCACAGAAAGGUACUCAAGCUUCAUCCUUGUUUAGCACCUAUUAAAGUAGCCUUGGAUGUAGGAAAAGGUCCAACACCAGAGCUGAGACAGGUUUGUCAAGGAUUAUUCAAUGAACUGUCAGAAAACAGGAUUUCUGUAUGGCCGGGAUAUCUUGAAACCAUGCAGAUCUCUCUGGAACAGCUUUAUACAAAGUACGAUGAGAUGAGCGUUCUCUUCACCGUGUUGAUAACUGAUGCUACUCUGGAGAGUGGAGUAGUCCAGCUAAGAAGCAGAGACACUACGAUGAAGGAAAUGAUGCACAUUUCUAGGCUGAAGGACUUUUUGACUAAGUAUGUAAUAUCAGCGAAAAACAUAUGAACUUAACUUGUUCUAAUAAAAUUAUUUUUUAAAAAAAAAA